UUUGUUUUCUUUCUAAUUACCAUUUGCUCCUCUUCACUCCUAUAUGUUCAAUCAUACCUAGUACCUCAUUACCUCAUUCUCUUCCACGCGACACAUUUUUCUAACCUCCAUACCAAAUACCACGCAAGGUGAACCCUGUGUUUUUUCCUUCUGAGUAAAAGACGUUUUGCAUCUUGAACACGUGCAUUUGACAUUAUAUCGAAGUGUAAUGCUAACUAAUCAUUCGUAAAUAAACUCUAAAAUAGCAUAAGGACAUUAAAUAGAUCUCGAAAGAGUUCAAAGUGAAGUUUAAAGGUGUUAUUUUGUGUUUCCUCCUUGGUGUAAAGUAACUGCGUCAUAGAAGAACUUUUGUGAGCUGUGACAGAUGCGCGGAAAUAUUCAAAUUAACGUCGAAACUGUUAUCACGUGUAUCCAUUUGGAUAAGGUGGUUCAAGAGUUCGAACGUGCAGUGAUAUUUCGCCUUGGCCGUUUAAGGAAAGGUGGUGUCAGGGGUCCAGGACUUUUUUUCGUAUUGCCAUGUAUUGAUACAUACAGGAAAGUGGAUUUACGAACAGUAUCAUUUGAUGUGCCACCUCAAGAGGUUAGCCCUCUACCAAGUUUCAACUGCAUCAUCACUGACCACCAGGUGCUUACAAGAGAUUCAGUUACAGUAGCAGUAGAUGCUGUCGUCUACUAUAGAAUAAAAGAGCCUUUGAACGCUGUUAUCAGGGUAGCCGAUUACAGUGCGUCUACCCGCCUUUUGGCAGCCACAACACUUCGUAACGUGCUUGGAAUGAGGGAUCUAGCUCAGUUGCUCUCCGACCGCGAAGCUAUCAGUCACAUGAUGCAAACCAACUUGGAUGUUGCCACUGAUCCUUGGGGAGUCGAAGUGGAGAGGGUGGAGAUCAAAGAUGUCAGAUUACCGGUCCAACUGCAAAGAGCAAUGGCAGCUGAGGCCGAGGCGGACCGAGAAGCCCGCGCCAAGAUUAUCGCCGCUGAAGGAGAGAUAAAGGCAUCAAAGGCUUUAAGAGAAGCAUCUCUUGUUAUGAUUGACAACCCUACUGCCCUGCAACUACGCUACCUGCAAUCACUAAACACGAUAUCAGCGGAAAAGAACUCCACGAUUAUCUUCCCUUUCCCAAUGGACUUCCUAAAAACUUUCAUGAGCGGAGCCGGGCCAGGUCCUAGCAGACCAGCUCCUGCACUUCCAAUUUGAAUAAUAUAUUUUAA